GCAGCAGCCUACAGUGCACCGGCAGCUUGUGCUGGGCUUUGGCAGGUCUUCCGUCCUCACUCUCCCUGUGGUAGGCAGCAUGGCGCCGGUUAUGAAUCCCAUAGACGGAGAACCCAAGAAGCGUGUCUGCUACUUCUUCGAUUCGGACGUGAGCGGUUUCCAUUAUGGGCCCGGUCAUCCGAUGAAGCCUACGCGGAUCCGGAUGUGCCAUUCACUGGUAAUGAACUAUGGCCUCUACAAGAAAAUGGAGAUCUUCCGUGCCAAACCCGCGACGAAACGCGAGAUGACACAGUUCCACUCUGAUGAAUAUGUCGAAUUCCUCAGUCGAAUCACGCCCAGCAGCAUGGGCAAUUAUACGAAGGAACAGCACAAAUAUAAUGUUGGCGAUGACUGUCCGGUGUUCGACGGCUUGUUCGAGUAUUGCUCAAUAUCAGCGGGAGGCUCUAUGGAGGGCGCUGCUCGAUUAAGUCGCGACAAAUGUGACAUUGCAGUCAAUUGGGCGGGUGGGCUCCAUCAUGCAAAGAAAAGUGAAGCCAGUGGCUUCUGCUACGUCAAUGAUAUUGUGCUAGGCAUACUUGAGCUGCUGCGAUACCACACGCGUGUCCUGUACAUCGACAUCGAUGUGCACCAUGGAGAUGGUGUCGAGGAAGCCUUUUACACCACAGAUCGUGUGAUGACCUGCAGUUUUCACAAGUACGGAGAGUUCUUCCCAGGUACUGGCGAACUCCGGGAUGUGGGCAUUGGUAAGGGCAAGCACUACGCUCUCAACUUUCCCCUUCGGGACGGUGUCACCGAUGAGAGCUACAAGAGUGUAUUUGAACCGGUAAUCCGAUCUGUCAUGGAACGCUUCGACCCAGGAGCUAUUGUUCUGCAGUGUGGUACCGAUUCGCUCUCCGGUGACAAACUAGGUUGUCUCAACCUGUCCAUGAAAGGUCACGCCAGCUGUGUGAAAUUCGUGAAGUCCUUCAACAAGCCAUUACUCAUCCUCGGGGGUGGCGGUUACACUAUGCGUAAUGUCAGUCGGUGCUGGGCAUACGAAACCGGUCUCGCCGCUGGCGUUGAACUCGGUUCAGAAAUACCGAUGAACGAGUACUACGAGUAUUUUGGACCGGAUUAUGAACUAGACGUGAAGCCAUCCAACAUGGAGGACAUGAAUAGUCCUGGCUAUCUGGACCGUGUCAAAGGCAUCGUACUGGAACAUCUCAGACAUGUUGGCGGACCACCGAGUGUUCAGAUGCAAGAUGUACCCCGGAUACCCUUGGACGACCUCCUGGACGAUCUAGACGAGGACGAAGACAUGAUCUCUCGAGAUGAGCGACGUCCGCAGCGUUUGUUGGAUGCAAGACGUCAAGCCGAUGGCGAAUUGUCUGAUUCCGAUGACGAGGGGGAAGGCGGCAGACGCGACCAUGCCAGUCAUGCCGAGCGCGAUAAUGUGGCCACUGGGACUGGUCGUCGUGCAGCAGUAGGCAUUAUGACUACCGGCACUACCCACGGCCUGGGACCUAGUGCGGCGGCGUCCGUUGCCAGUGCCCCACCCCCAAGCAUGACCGUCGGGUCAUCAGGGCAGUCUGACAUGGACAUCGAUGACGAUUCUUCCAUUGGACAGACCAGCGUCGCUGCCAGAGCCAGAUCAAGGUCAAAGCCUCCUGUAGCUGCUCCCACAAAUGGCAUGGCGGUUGACCCGCCGGUGUCGAGUACAGGCACCAGCUAGUCCCGGGAGGAUAUUCUGUGUUGGUGUACUACUCGGGGUACCAGUACUAUUACUUCGUCGCAGUCCGGUCAUCUGUUGUUGUACUUGCUCCUCUGUUCGCUCAGUAAUCUCAUGCAUGGUUGACUCACUCC